AAUUGAAACCGAGGCGCAGCACCGUCAUCGAGCAGCACUAAACUUGGCGGAGGUUGUGGUUCUGUCGGUGCUUUGGGGCUCGAGCUCGAGCUGGAGCUGUUGCUUGGCAGUGCGCGAGCAGCGUCUCGGGGGAGCGCAGGAAUAGAAGCGGGCGUGCGCCGGCGCGCGCGUUUGCACUUCGCCAGUACCGCGACCGCGGCGUGACGCGGAGCUCCUCGCGCUCAAGCUCGCACGCGACACAAGUUGAGGGAGAGGUUUGAACAGGGAGGUUUUUUUUGCGCUCGUGCGCGUUACGGCUUAUCGUCCCUCUCUCUCUCGAGCCAUGCCUGAGUUGUAAGCAAGACUGAAUUGCACGAGCUGAGAUACAGGAAGGAUGGACUUCCUGAGCAUGAAGACACUUAAGGCUCCAGGCUUAGGGCCAUACUCAUUAGGGCAUGGAUUGUAAGGUGAUAGACCGAGGCAGACGGUGUCUGCGUCUGGCCACCAUGAGGCUGCCUUACAUCUUCUUAUUCCUGCUGCUAUUCAGCGCCGGAGGUUUGCUGCUCCUGCUGCACUUACAGUACCUCACAGAAACACUCCAUGAGCAGGGUCCAGGUAGAAAGCUAGUAUUCCCACAACAGCAACUGGACCAAUGCCCCUAUUGUCUACACAAUAAUACAUACAUCUCCAGUUUGAAAAAUGGCCAGAAGCGCAGUCGUGUUCGUCCAGUAAAGCUCGGGCAUCAGCGCUCUCCUGUCAUUCGCCCAAAAGGCAUAGCACCUCAAAUCACCAAGAACUAUCGCAAGCUCCUUCUAAAGAGCUCCUCCCUGCUACCCCAGCUUAACAGCACUCCUACUGGCCAGGAUUCCAAUCACAUCCACAGGUUGACCCAAAUACAGCGGUCCCGCCGCAAGCUGAUGAGAGAUGUGUGUGCCAAAUACAGAAGCCUCACGAGGACCAUAAGCCGCAGGCAGGUGUCCCGCAUCUAUGUAGAGGACACACACAAGCUCCUGUACUGCGAGGUGCCCAAAGCAGGCUGCUCCAACUGGAAGCGUGUGCUGAUGGUGCUGCAGGGCCAGGCAUCCACCACAAAGGAGCUCCGGCAUGAACAGGUGCAUUAUGCCAACCACUUAAAGCGACUGGACUCCUUUGACCACAAACAGAUUGCCCAUCGCCUGAACACCUACACCAAAGUGCUCUUCCUGAGGGAACCUUUCGAGAGGCUUGUCUCAGCAUUUCGGGACAAGUUCGAAAGCCCGAACUCAUACUAUCAUCCAGUGUUUGGGAAGCCCAUCAUCGCGAAGUACCGUGCUAACGCGUCAAGAUCAGCCCUGCUUACUGGAGAGGGUGUGACCUUCAAAGAGUUUAUCCAGUACCUGCUUGAUGUUCAGCGUCCUGUGGGGAUGGACAUCCACUGGGAGCGUGUGGUGCAGCUCUGUAACCCCUGCCUCAUCAAUUACGACUUCAUUGGCAAGUUUGAGACAAUCGAAGAGGAAGCCAAUUUCCUCCUCAGGCAAAUCGGAGCGCCUGCGAACCUGACGUUCCCCAGCUUUAAAGACAGGAACCCGAAUGCAGCCAGGACGUCCUCACACAUUACCCAGGAGUAUUUUUCUCAGCUGAGUUUAAACGAAAGCCAGAAAACCUACGACUUUUUCUAUAUGGAUUAUCUAAUGUUCAACUAUUCCAAGCCAUUCUCAGAUUUGCACUGAGGACUUUGUGAAUGUAUAGACAGAUAUUUUCAAUUGUUGGUCUAUUGCCUGUGUUUUACUUCAGGCUUAUUUUCAAUUAUUUUCUUGAUUUAAUUAUUUUGUUUUAAUGUAUUUCAUCAGUCGGUUUAUUCUGGCUUUGGCAAACUGGUUUGUGCAAGUCUUACACUACUCUUUCAGAUCGCAUAAACGUGGAUAUUAUCAUUCACACAUGAAGCAGAAAACACACCCUGGAAGGAAUUCCAAUCCAUUUCAGCGCAUAAACAGGGGUAUUAUUGAAGGAAUACGAAUACAAAGCUGUAAUAGGGAAGAUGUAAAUUUGUAAACGUUUGUGUGCUAAGCCUGUGCAAUAUAAUCAUUUAUAAUGUCCCCACAUGAUAUUGCACUGCCACGAUAUCGACUGACACUUUUGCAGAUAAAUGCGGUAAUUGUAAGUCGCUUUGGAUAAGGGGGCUGCUAAAUGACAUAAAUGUAAAUGUAAAUCACUUACAAAGAUGCCAAAAGCUUUGUCUUUCUCCAAUAUAAUAGAGCAGAUGGUCUAUUAGAUAUAUGAAGUACUUUUCCGAGUCAUUUUGUCCACUCAAUUCUAACAGACUCUGCCUUGAAGCCCCGCCCCUUUUCCCCUGACUGACAUUGAAAUCCAAAAUGUUGUGUCUACAUUAGAAUAUUGUAUAUUUAGUCUCAGCUACCUAUAUUUAUUAGGUAUGGCUUUACAGAAUAAAACUUAAAAAGGGUUCGAAUAAGUGCUUUUGAUUUUCAGUAGUAAGAGAAAAAAAUCUAAGAAUUUUUAUUAUAAAUUAAAUUAAAUUAUCUUUAAUUUAUAAGAAUUAAAUAGACCUAAAUCAAAGUGUCAAAUCUAACACAUUUUAAUGGUUAUGAGAAGUAUAUAUGUUAUUUUUAGUGUUAUAAGCUGUCAGCACUUACACAUUUAUAUUUAUGGCAUUUGGCAGAUGACCUUAUCCACCUAUCUUUUUCAUACAAAAAAGGGCCUUGUGCAAGGGCCCGGCCUGGUGUUUGCUUAUUGUGGACAAUAAACAAUUGAUUUGUCAAAGAAAUGCAUGGGGGUGGUUUAGUGUUUACUGGAGAAUCUGGACAUCCCCAUCCAUCUGAUGUUACACAACGGUCCCCAAGUUCAUUAAACCAUAAAUAGUGGAAGUGCUCAUUUUCAUUUUUUCAUAUGGUUUUCGACAGAUCAGAAUCAGAAUCAGGUUUAUUGGCCAAGUGUGUUGACACACACAAGGAAUUUGGUUCCAGCUGUUAGUGACUUUCAAAGUACAGA